AAAAGAAAAAGGCGGGGCCUGCAUCGCUUCCAUCUCCUCCUUUUCCGGGAAUGCUGCUGCUGCUGCUGCUGCUGCUGGUGCAGUAACUGGGCUGGGUUGAAGGGAGUGGCCGUCACCGCCGGAUCAGCUGAGCGCUCGGACUAUCCAAGUCCGGAAGCCGGACAGCUGGCUUCAUCUUCAUCUCUCCCCACCACCCCACCCCUGUCCCAGGGAAGCGAAGCUGCGUGCUUUGGGGUGUUGUUGCUUAGUGGUCCCUGAACUCUAUGACUUUAGUGGAAUUAUAAUACACCAUGGCGUAUAAUGCAAACACUGCUGGGGAUGCUAACCAGUUGGCCCAACGUAUAACAUCUAAUAUACAGAAAAUCACACAAUGCACUGCAGAAAUACAAAGAAUACUGAAUCAACUUGGAACCCCACAAGACACACAUGAAUUGCGGCAACAGCUGCAACAAAAGCAGCAAUAUACAAAUCAACUUGCGAAAGAGACAGACAAAUACAUAAAAGAAUUUGGAUCUCUGCCUUCAAUAAGUGAGCAGCGACAGAGAAGAAUUCAAAAGGAUCGACUAGUGAAUGAGUUCACCACAACACUUACAAAUUUCCAGCGGGUCCAAAGACAAGCUGCUGAGAAGGAGAGAGAAUUUGUAGCAAGAGUUCGAGCCAGUUCUAGAGUAUCAGGUGGUGCCCCAGAAGAAAGUUACAAAGAAGGAACCCUUGUAUCUUGGGAUAGCCAACCUCAGACCCAAGUACUAGAUGAAGAAAUCACAGAAGAUGAUCUUCGGCUCAUUGAAGAAAGAGAAUCAGCCAUCAGGCAGCUGGAGUCAGACAUUCUUGACAUAAAUGAAAUAUUUAAAGAUUUGGGUAUGAUGAUUCACGAACAAGGAGAUGUGAUAGAUAGCAUAGAAGCUAAUGUAGAAACAGCUGAAGUCCACGUUCAGCAAGCAAACCAGCAGUUAUCGAGAGCAGCAGAGUACCAGCGCAAGUCCCGGAAGAAAAUAUGCAUCCUCAUUCUUAUACUUGCAAUAGGAUUAACGGUCCUUGGGUUAAUUAUAUGGGCAUCAUUAAAGUCAGGUUAAAUUAUGCAAGAGCUUCUGGUCAUGUCCCAUUAUGAAAGCUGUUCAGUAAAUGAUAUGUCAAGCUUGAUAAUUUCUGCUUUAUCACAAGGUGCAUUUUUAAUCCCAAGAGUGCUUUUUCUUGGCUUCUAUAUUAGGAUUAAUUUGAAGUUAUCACGUCUAUCUAAUUCACCAAUAUUUAACCCUGGGAUAGGCAAGUUUUUAUAUAGUACCUCCUUUUCAUUUCUUCUCCUCUGGGCCAAACUACUUGGAAUACUGCAUACAAGGACAUUUUUACCUUAUUGGAUCAACUGGGUCAACCUUUCACAAGUGGAUCAAAAGCUAGAUAGAGGGUGGGUGCUGUCAGUUGUCAAGCACCAAUUUAAUCUAUCAAUUUAACUGCAACUUUAUAGGAACAAAUACUUUUUUAAAAAACAAAGGCUGUCUUUCUGAUAGACAUGUCAUAUGUCUCAUCUUUGAGAUAUCACGUAUCGUUUAUUGACUCCAUAAAUCAUAGAACGAUCUACGUCCAUUUAGUUCACUCUGUGCCAAGCUUAGUUCUAAUAGGUUCUUGUAUUGUCAUUUUCUGAAAUGCAUUUCUGCUGUUUCUCUUUUGCUUAUAAACGUCGUCUUUCUAUUGCCACAUUUCGAUGUAUAAACAUGAUACUGGGUAUCAGCAAGCCUGACCAAUUCUCAUUGAACAAGAAAGCUUGGGGAAUGUAGAUUUGUGUAUGUAACUUUAAAGUUGAGCAUUUGGGACACACUUAAAAUUAGUUGUUUGCACCUUCAUUUGUGCACUCCUUAGGCAGUUGAAGUUUAAAGGCUAUGGGCAAAGUUAACAUGUAUAGCUGCUGCAAAUUUACCUAAACUUUAUAUGGUUUAGAUGCCCGUAGUCUGCACUUCUCUCUUUAGAGAACUAUUGUUAAUUAUGUUGUGGGACACAACUGAAUGAGGCAGUGGGAGCUCUGUGAGUGGAUUGAGUCACGGAUCUGAAAUCCUACAUUCCUGUGUAUAUUUGUGACCCACAGGGCCCCCAAGAAACUUUUAAACUGGGAGUGAAACAUAGUCAAAUCAUCUGGCUCCCUAUCUGCAUGACUUCAGAUUAAAGGGGGAGAUCUUGCGUAGAGCAAUCAAGAACAAUUUGAAUUAUACUUGAACUAUUUCAAACAACUGCCACUAUGAACAGCAGAUCUUAUAUCCAAUUUUUAAUAAAGCAGUUAAUCCUCUUUUCCUCAUCAUGUAACUACUUGGGUAUUAAAACGUUUGAUUUCUGAAUAACUAUAUAAAGUUUAAUUGUCUCAAGAUUAAAAGUUUUUAAAACUGCUUUUUUGGGUGCCAUCUUGAGAUAACUUAAAUUUAGAAAGAUGUUAUUUGCCAGCUAAUCAGUUCUUUGCUUUUUUAAAAUGUAUUGAAUUGUACUAUAUAAAUUAAACUUAUUAAAUUACUAUAUAAAUGUUACAUUUUUGUACAGCAGUUUACAGGAUAAACUCUUGAGACUUAAGAUUUGGGGGGAACUAAAACUAAACCUGGAUUAUACCAUCUAAAUAAAGAUACCUUAAAAAGUGAA